UCUUCGGCGUCUGGUGAAACGUCUUUUCCUACUGGAGCUCAGUUUGAACAGCACAGCCACAGAUGAGCUUUACAUGGUGCGUCCUGAACGGCUUCAGGUUCACAUGUCGUUCUCCUCCAACAAUCUGCAGGAGGUUUUGUACUUCACAGUCUAUAAUGGCGUCGAGGCACACUAAUGCCAAAAGAAUUAAAGGACUGGACAAGAAUGUUUGGGUGGCGUUUACAUCAGUAGCAGCUGACCCGUCCAUUGUUAACCUGGGCCAAGGCUAUCCAGACAUCCCGCCGCCUUCUUAUAUCAAGGAGGCUUUGGCGAAGGCAGCGUCAGUGGACCGUAUGAACCAGUACACCAGAGGCUUUGGUCAUCCCUCCUUGGUGAAGGCCCUCUCACAGGUGUAUGGGAAGGUCUACGGUCGCCAUGUCGACCCUCUGAAAGAAAUCCUGGUCACCGUUGGUGGUUAUGGUUCCUUGUUUAGCACCAUGCAGGGCCUUGUGGAUGAAGGAGACGAGGUGAUCAUAGUGGAACCGUUCUUCGAUUGCUACGUACCGAUGGUCAGAAUGGCAGGAGCCAAGCCUGUAUUGAUCCCAUUACGGCCUGUGGGACGGGGGUUUGAAGAAGCUAAAAGAUCUGAUGUCAGCAAAAUAAUUCACCCUGAGUUCAUAAUAAUCCGCUUUACGAGCCAAAGCUCGACUAAAACAAAAUGUCUUACAAUCUGUUUCUUCCAGCUUGGUUGGUCUAUUGGACCUGAGCACCUGGUUAAACAUCUUCAGACUGUCAUGCAGAAUACUCUGUACACCUGUGCUACACCUCUACAGGUACGUCACUCACUACAAGUUAGAAAAGUGUUUAAACCCAUUGAACAUCAGGAUCUGUCCCACAUGGCCGACGAUGAAGCCUAUGACUACAAGUUUGUUAAAUGGAUGAUAAAAGAAAAGAAAUUAGCUGCUAUUCCCGUCACAGCAUUCGUCGGAGAAGAGUCCAAGAAGCAGUUUGAGAAAUAUAUUCGCCUGUGCUUCAUAAAGGAAGACAGCACUCUGGAAGCAGCAGGGAAGAUCCUGAAAAACUGGAGCAAAGUUUAACAGGAUCUGAGCAGCUGAACUGUGAGGGGACAGAGAGGUGGACGGCUCUUUAACAGGAGAGGAGAAUUUUAAUUCAAACAGUUUAUCCUGGAAGGCCAAUAAAAGAAAUACAUCUAGAAUCCUUGUUAGUGUGGAUUUUUGCUCAGACAUAAUUUUAUUGGGUAGGGUUUUUUUUUUUCAUUUAUGUGUUUAUUGUUGUGAUAAAUUUCUAGUUAUAAGAUUUCCAGAUUAUCAUCUAAAUCAUAAAUUAACAAGUGUGUGCGAAAAG